AUGUCGAGCAAACGUAAGGCGUCGGUGCUGGAGAAGACGCUGAAUAAGUAUCGUCAUGGACAGAAAGCGGCAUCGAAGAUCAUGACGGCGGCGGCGCGCGAUCGCGCGGCGCUGGAUGCGCGAUCGGACGCGCAGUACGAGCGGAUGAAGCGGAAGGCUGAGGAGGAGGCGGCGGCGAUCGCGGCGAUGGAGCUGGAGAAGCCGCCGGAACCUGUGAAGGUGGUGGCGACGAAUCUGCUGGCGAAACAGAAACACGCGAUCGAUACGCUGUUUCAACAGCGACGACCGAUGUCGAACGACGAUCUGCGAGUGUUUUUGGGGUUUGAAUGUAACGUCGGGCCGCUGUUCGAUUCGCUGAGGAAUCACGAAAAGGUGGAUUACGACGAGGACACCGGGUUGUUUAGGUACAAGGCGAAGCACGAUGUGCUGUGCAAGGAGGACGUUUUGGAGCUCGUGAACUCGACGCCGGACGGGUUGUCGAUCGAUGAGAUCGUGGACUCGUACGUCAAGGCGAAAGAUGACGCGCUCGCGCUCGCGGAGGAGGAUGCGGUCAUUUUGUUGACGAACACGGAGACAAAGCAAAAGGUGUUGUUCCGCAAACAGCCCGAGUACGAGGUCGAGGUGAACAAGGACUUUGUCGCGUCGUUUCACGAGGUGGAGAUCCCAGAGCACGACGUCGACUUCGACAAAGCGUUGCGAAGUCAAGGUAUUGAGCCCACGCCGCGUCCGAUUUACGAUCUCGGACCAGCGCCCGAGAUUGUGAAGAAGAAGAAGAAACGACAAGUCAACUUUGAACGUAUGAACGUGACCAACGCGCACAUGCCCGAGCUGUUCCAAAAGGACCAGGUCGAUAGGUUGGAUGGGUAG